GAAGCACUGUGAUCAUGGCAGAAGUCGCUCCCGCUCCAGCCGCCGCUCCGGCCAAGGCCGCCAAGAAGAAGAAGAGCACGAAACCCGCCAAGACCGGACCCAGCGUCGGCGAGCUCAUCGUCAAGGCCGUGUCCGCCUCCAAGGAGCGCAGCGGUGUGUCACUGGCCGCCAUUAAGAAGGCUCUGUCCGCCGGCGGCUACGAUGUGGAGAAGAACAAGGCUCGCGUUAAGACCGCCGUCAAGAAGCUGGUCACCGCCGGAACUCUGGUUCAGACCAAAGGUACCGGCGCUUCUGGUUCCUUCAAGAUGAGCAAGAAAGAAGCUCCCAAAGCCAAGAAAGCCGCUCCUAAAGCCAAGAAGGCUCCCGCCGCCAAGAAACCCGCAGCAGCCAAGAAGCCCAAGAGCCCAGCGAAGAAGCCGGCGGCCGCUAAGAAGUCUCCAAAGAAGGCGGCUAAAAAGCCCGCAGCUAAGAAGGCGGCGACAAAGAGCCCCAAGAAAGCUGCUGCCAAGAAGCCCGCCAAAAGCCCCAAGAAGGCGGCCAAGAAACCGGCGGCGAAGAAGGCUCCCACCAAGAAAGCUGCCGCCAAGCCCAAAGCCAAGAAGGCAGCACCCAAGAAGAAGUAGACGCUCCGAUCUGUCCUUCAAUCAAAGGCUCUUUUCAGAGCCACCCACCUUCUCUACUGAGCCUCCGCUGUUGGGUGUGUAACAGGUGUAUCUGAUAGAUCAACGUUUGU